UCCUUAUCCGAAGACUGACGGAAAGGGCCGGAAAGUUGCGAUUGUAUUACUGCCUAGUGACAAAUAUACAAAAGAACUAUAAAUGACAAGAGGGUAUUUUACAAGUUUUCGUUUUAAAGACAGUGAAAAAAAUGUCAGAGUGUUGGCGAUGGACUUUGCAGAACAUUGCUGUGUUCUUAUUGCUUACAGCAUUUACUUGCAUGUUUAUAUUGUGGCCAGAAGAAUGUAUAACUGUCACUCUCAAAUCUACAUGUCAAUGUACAAUAGUCAUAGCAAUUAUCAUUGGCAUUUUUGUGGUCUGUGAAAGGAUAUCACAGUCAAGGAAACUUUUUACUAAUUGUUCUGAAGAACAUGGUACUGGACAAGUAAAUACAGGAAACAAUCGAUAUGUCCCUGAUACUGUAUCAAAACGUCAUGAAGAAAACGUGGUUCAAUCAAGACUUCAACAACAACAACGUACAGAAUAUAAUGAGUUCAUGACUAGUCACAGCAAUUGCCAUGGAUCGGGGCAUAAAAUUUCAACCUCAGGACGAAAUCAUCGAUUACAGAGACCAAUGUCACCAAUUCGAAGUACUGGCUACAGCACAUCAACAAUUCAAGAAAAUAAUGAAACAGGAACCUUAAGGGUGGUACAGAAUUCAUUUUUUGAACUAAGUAGACGGUUUUUAAAUCGAUUGCAUGAUCGGAUUAAUGUUGCGGACCAUACAUAUACUAGAAGAGACGAAUUCUUUACAUCUCAUGAACCUGAUGACAAUAUUGCCGCAAGAAUUCAAAGCAUUAUCAGGGGAAUACAGGCACACAUUCCAGGGCCACCUGCAGGACCACCCCAGAUCUGCUUAAUAAUUAAAGUCCCAAUAUAUCAAAAGUUUAAUGUGAAGAGAUAACUCUUUAAAUAAAGAUUUGUUGAGGCCCUAACUGGGAGGCCUGUUUUUUCCCCUGUAAUAGGUCUGAAAGGGUCGGGGCAGCCACAUUAUACCUUACAUAUAUUGUAUAUACAGUUAUAUCAAUCAAAUCAUAUACAUGUACAUGCAAUAAUGUAAUUGUAUCACAUUGCAUAAUAAUUAAGAGUUUACAUAUAUUCAUGUUAUUAAUCAGAUUAACAUUCAUAUCAUUUAUUUAAUUUAUAAGAAGAAAGAUAA